AUGAGGAACCUAGAGAUUUCUGACCAGUAUGGUCAACUCAAACCAGCUUACAUGGAGUUGGAGAAGCGUGUAGACUUGAAUUUUCAUGUUGAUCGUACCAGUAAUUAUCAGUCAACCACUUUGUUAUCCUUUGUUCAACCGUUGACAAUGACUCAGUUGGUUUUAUGGACUCAAGAGCCUUGGUCGAGAUUACAAUUUUUAGCCAGCUUAUGUGGUGUAUGUCGUGUGUUAAGAGGUGGAUCGAUAACAUAUAAAGUUUUUGCUUAUACACUUGAUGGAGACCUUGAAGUAACCUUGAUUAUGCGACAUUUGAUGUCUAGUAUUGUCUCCAGUUUGUUGUAUUUUACUAAACAAUGGACUUAUGAUGGUCAUCUAAACAAUCCAUAUCAAGAAUUCCAUGUUGAAGCAGAUUCUAAUUUAAAUAAACCAUGUUCAGAAAUACUAAUUGAUCGAUUGGGUAGUAUAUCGAAGACAGCUAUGCACGAUUCCAAUACCCAAUAUAAGGAACCGGAAAUUCCUCAACGUCUCGAUGUUCGUUUACUGGAUAUAUCAGCAUGUCAAUUUACCGGAUGGAAUAUAUUUUCAUAG